AAGAGGAGGGUUUAUUCAGCUAGCCUACUACCGGUAACUUGAAGUGGCUACUGUAGCAUGCAUGGAACUUAACUUAAAGUUCACAAGUAUCUUGUAUGUUAAACGUCACAGCGCUCGAUUUGAGAAAUCGGUCCCACCGUUUUAGAAAACAACUUUUGUUGAAUUUAGUGCGUCUUUGGAGUACGAGCAAUGGAAGAAUUGAGCGAGUCUUCACCCGCUUUGGCGUUCGAGAAGGAAGCAUUUGAGCUGACGGUGGAAGAUGUUUAUGACAUUUCAUACGUGAUUGGCAGAGAUUUGCUGAAAAUAAGUACUACAGGUGAGGAAGUCUCCGAUUUGCAAUUCAAAAUUGUCCGGGUUUUGGAGAUGUUUGAAACGUUAGUGAAUAAGUAUAACCUGUCAUUGGAGGAGCUGAAAAUGGAACGAGACAACUUGAAGAGUGAACUGGAUAGAAUCUUGAGAGAAAGUUCUGCCGGGCAGGAAGCGCAAACACUAGGACCAAACAAACUGGUGGUGGACCUGAAAGAUCCCAAUAGACCACGCUUCACAAUGCAGGAGCUGAAGGAGGUGCUUCAGGAGAGGAACCAGCUCAAGGCCCAGCUACUGGUGGCGCAAGAAGAGUUGCAACUCUACAAGAGUGGGAUGCUGCCACAGAGUGAGCAAGCCAUGGUAGAGGUUGACUUAGUAUCUUCAUCUCCUUCAAAACCUGUUCCUGACACAACAGAUGAGUCUAAAGAAGAGGAACCUAACGAAGGAAUGACCACCAUCAGAAAGCUGUUUUCAUUCAGACGGAAAUAAGGACAACCUAUGAGAACAAGGACCUAAGACAUUACUAAUGAUAAACCAAACAUUUUUAUGCACAUGCUUUCUAUCAAUGCUUUGUAUUAGAUCAGUUGUUUUCAGAAAUGAAUGGAAAUGUUUUUAACUGGAAUAAUUUUGCUUUUGAAACUAACUCUGUUGUCUUUUUAUAGAUUUAACUGUUGUCAUUAAUACAGGUAUGGGAAAAUGACUCUGCUCAUUAAGGUCAAAUAACAUGGUACAGGCCAAUGAUUUAUCCAGUGCAUUCAGAAAGUAUUCAGACCCCUUACAGCCUUACUCUUAAAUUGUCCCCCCAAUCUACACACAAUACCCCAUAAUGACAAAGUGGAUUUUUAGACAUGUUUUCAAAUGUAUUCAAGUGGAAAUAUAAUUUACAUAAGUA